AUGGGCAGCACAGCUAAGGACACGCCCGCCAACCACGGCCGCAUCAUGACGGGAGAGACUAAGCAUGCUCAUGCUGUUAAAGAAUCGGACAGUGGUUCUAAAGACCAGGACGAGGGGUCUCUGUCUGCUCGGUUCAGCGUAAAAGUGAAACAGGAGUCGGAAGGGCACUAUAAGUGUGGAGGUCUGGAGUCACGGCCCAUCAGCAGGGCCAAGGAGUACACGCAGCGCGAGGCCGUGAUACGGCCCCAGCAGGCGGGCAAAAUUGACUUCAAGUCCCUGCAAAACAGGCCAAAGUUCUCUAACGACAGGACAUGGCCCAGCGGCAAGGGGAGUCCCCAGUCCCCCAGCGGGAAGAGCCGAGCCCGCGACCGGAGCAAGAAGUCUGGGAAGGCAGACCGCAGUAACCCUCAGCAGCUGUACAUGCUGAGCAUCAGCAAACCCCGCUCCAAGCCCACCAUCGGGAUCGCCUAUCCGCAGCAGAAAGUCACACCGCCCAAGAAACUGGAGACCAGCCCUGGCCCCAUCUCAGGCAGCUACAGGUUCCACGUGCCCAGCAUUCCUGAGCGCGAGGCAGAGCUGCAGCAGGAGGAACUCAACUACAACCGCUGUUUCCAGGAGGCGUCCUCUAAUCUUACCACCACAAACUAUACCUCACAGGCAGAGAGUGCUGCAGGGGCCACCCCUGUGCACCAACACCCAAUCCCCCCUCAACAACAGCCUGGGCCAAGGGAGAACAACAGCUCACAGCCUAGUGAAGGGCAGGGGGAUGCGCAAACUGACAGCCAGUUCAACAACAAGCAGCCGGAGGGACGAUCUCCUUACACACAACUUCCUCAGCCUGCGCAGUACCUGCAGUCUCCACAUGAGACACAAUCCUCCAUGCACUGCCACAAGAGCAGGAGCAAGCACUCUGCCAAUAGAGCAUUUGACUGGCACGACAGUAAGAAACCACAUAAAAAUGGCCCCCUGAACAGCUGCCAUAACAAAAGACCCAGUGAAGCUUUCACCAACCUGAGGCAGGAGAGCAUCAAGGAGAGCUGCACAAACACAUCUGGGUUUUCUUUUGACAAUAGAGUGGAGGCUGUUAGCUCCCCAGUGUGUGAAACCAGAAGCAAGCCUGUGUACUUUGGGGUGAGCCAGUCCCUGGCAGGGCCACCUUCCAAAACUAACAGCCAUGACUCUUCCCAGGUUCCACCAGUGGGUUUGAUGGCAGCAGCUCCAUAUGAGUCUCCACUGCCCUCCCCUAUCCAGAACCCUGCCUCCACCAGUCCCUGCUCCUCCCUGUCCCCACCUUCCCACAGCCCUGUCAAUAUCAGCCCUGAGGACAGUCAGGUGGCAAUCUCUGGGCCACCCCCUCCCUUAUAUCACCAGCACCAGGGGAAGACACUGAUGCCCACAGAUCACCUCAACUCGAACCUUCAUCAUUUCCACACUGAUCUCUCCAGGACUUUUCCUAACUCCACAGAAAGAGCCAAGGAAGAUAUGAUGGGCUACAUUCACAAUAACAAAGGCUCAAGACCCAGCACAGAUAGUGGAAAGACUUGCAUGAACAGCUUUGGAGUGGAACAUCCCCCUCUCCCUCCACCUCCCCCUCCCCCAUACUCAGCACAUCAGUUGCUAGCCAGCUCUUUAGCUGCUGCUAACCUUGACCAACUGGAUGUGCUUCUCACAUGCAAACAAUGUGAUCAGAACUUCAACAACCUUGCUUCUUUCCUUGAUCACAAGCAGUACUGUGGACAGCAUAUGUCGACUCAGAACAACAUUUACAAAAGUGUGCCAAAGAUGGAGGACACCAGGAAGUUCCAGACAGACUCCUUAAAGGGACCUUCAUCCGGGAUGAGUUUCCCUCUGUCGAGGUGUCCAUCUGACAUGCAUCUGUCUCUGCUGGGGUUGAGUAAGAAUGGGGAGCUAAUGUCUGACAUUGAGACAAAAGUAGACCCUAAGGAUGAAUCUUUAAAGCCCAACUUGUUUCCUGGGACUAACACUCUUCCUGGUACUCUUCCUGAUUUGGAGAUGGAUGAUGCCAAACUAGACAGCCUCAUCACAGAAGCUCUAAAUGGAUUGGGAUACCAAUCAGAUAAUGCUGAAAUCGACAGUAGUUUCAUAGAUGCUUUUGUUGAUGAUGAUCUCACCACUAGUCAGAACCUGAAAAGCAAAGACAGCAUGAUGUUUAACAGCAGGGGCAAGCAUGAAGCCAGCACUGAUGAGAGAUCUCAAACACAGGGGAAGCAUCUGUAUGAUUCAGACAGGGAAAGCGAGAGCACUGAAAGUAAAAAUACAGCAAAUAUCCCUGAAAAGACUCUUCAGGACUUCAAACAAAAAGAAAGAGCUAACUUAAAAGAGACGACUCUGCAUAAAAAAUCAAGAGGUUUAGCCUCUGAAAAAUCCAGUGAGCAAAACGAGUGUGUAAAAGAAGAAAAAAAGUCAACAGAUAAGAUAGGAGAGAAAAGCAGAAGAGACUCGAGGCUGCUGUUGUCUAAAAAGUUCUCAGAAAGAUGCAAGAUCAAGAGUUUCCAAGAGCAGUCCUCAUUACUCAAACCUUCACUUCCCCAGACCUCCCCCACAAAUUGGAGCACUGCAGCAUCCAGGGUGACAGCCCGGGAAGGGAAGCGGAGGAAGACAGGAGGGGGGACGUGGAGCAAAGAGCUCAUUCACAAAAUAGUGCAGCAGAAGAACAAACCGCACAACCCCCAGGUAAAGGGCGCAAAAAGCCUGCAGCCACCCCUGGCAUCAGAGAGGCUCACCCCUGUGGCGCAGAGCCCAAAAUUUGGUGAGUACGACUAUGUGUCUGACUCAGAUGAGGAGUCUGAGCCCCUGAGGUUAGCCAGCCGUGGACGUCUGGGACAUGCUGGCCGCUGCAAGUACACUUAUUCAAAGGAGUUCAAAGGAAGAGAGAAGACUGACAAUGAGGGCUCCGUUUCAUGGACCCCUCAAUCAAAAGAGAGAGGUGUGGUCAAGGUGGCAGAGGACAUUUCUCCAUCGCCAGUGAAAGACAUUUCUGCACAGAGGGUGCGGAGAAGGAGCAGCAGGUCCUCCAGCAGUAGCGAGCUCAGCGAACCGGCCAGCAUCUCCAGUGAGAGCAUCACCAGCCCCAAGACCACCGACCGCACAGACUCUGACAGCGAGAAAGGGCUAGCAGUUAGGAAGACGACUUCCAACAGCCUGCCUCUUUCAGAUUCUUUUCACCAGGACACUUAUAAGAGGUCACAGGUCAAGACACUCAAAGAGCCUGCCACAACCACCAUGCCCACUCUACCCAUUACACCCUUAUCACAGGCGUUCUCCAGAAACACCAAGAGGUACGGCACUGCCAGGUUUCUCCUGUCCACUGAGAAGGGCCCCUCAUCCGCAUCCAAAAUUCUAAAUUCAAGUGAGAGAAACACAGAAAGUGCAACUAUAUUCCCUAAGGCUAUCCAAGUCAGAGACCUCAUGGAGGAUGAUAUUGUGGGACAGUCUUCACAGGAAAAGAGAGAACAGUGCAGUUCCACAGCAGGCAUGAUAGAAAGGGCUGAACAACCUUUACAAGUGAAGAAAAGUGACAGGAUAAACUAUGGCUCUUUUAAAGGGAGUCCAGCUGAUUUCCAGACAACUGGAAAUCAUUGCAGAUUGUUGGUGGCUGAGGUCACGCCUGACACCAAAAUCACAGACUGUAAAAAAAUCAAUAAGAACAUAAAAAGUGAAAUCGUACAACGGGAGAAAUCCAGAGAGAUUCCAGCCAUUCCAACAUUUGAGAAAAUUGGACCUGCUGUUUAUCCUAGCAAAGAAGAAAUGCACAAUGCUGACUGUGAUGUAAUUCCUAACUCUACUACACAUUGCACAACACAUUUUGAAGAGGUGUGCCUGUGUCCACUGGACAUGCAGGAUCCCACAGUGCAGAAAGACCCAGCCAAGCAUGGGGUUGUUCCAUAUACCAUUGAACAAGAUCAGAGCCUCAUUAAAUCGCCGCUUUCAUUUGACACGUCGUCAAUGUUUGGAGACCUCACCGUGGCAACGUUUGACAACAGCCUUUACACAGACGUAUCAAAGGAGGGUUUCAGCACUUUCAGUCCCAAAAAUGACAAAAGGGAGCUGUUUGAGUCAUCUUUCUCUCAUUUGGGCCACAAAGACUGGAAUUUGAUGGCAGAUGACCCACCCAUGUUGGCAGCGGACCUCUCUGAUAAAGCAGUAAGCAAGAAAUUCAGCUCCAGCCACAUGCACUUGACUCUGUCAGAUAAAAUUAUGGACGACAACCCAAAUUUUAUCAGCAAUCUCCCAGAGGAUGAGCUGGAGAUCAAGAGAAUUGUGACAGAGCUUGAGACCCAGCUACAAACAUCGAAAUACAGCAACUCUCCAUUGCUUGCCAACAAACUCUCCAAACAGCUCAGCAGGAAUAACUUAUCCCCUUUGCGACUGGACCACAAUGCUGGGAAUGAACAAAGCUGCAUGCCUGUGGAAGAUGAGGAAAGCAGGAGAUUGGUAGCUUCCAGUCCCACAACAGAUCCAGAUCUGACAUUAUGGUCUAGUCCAUUCCAGUUAGGGUUACUGGAUGGACAACAGGAUCUCCAUACCCCAGUCCAUGCCGAUAACAGCACUCCUGACCAUCCCUGCAUAAAGGCAGAUGCCAUGCCCGCAGCUUCACCAGCAGCUGAAGAAUUGCAGCCGCAGGAAAUGAAGGGUGCUGAGGACAUUAAGGACCCCGCCACAGACAAGUCUGAAGAAAUGCUGGAAAAUGAGAUGUACACAGAAAACCUCAUGAAAAGCCUUGAGGUGAUUUCAGAUUCCAUAUUUAACAAAGGCUCUUUGACAACUGAACUGGAAAAGCCAAAUGUCUCCCAGUUUAUAAUUCCAGAACAGCCAUCUAAAGAAUGUACAGAUGCUGGGGAGAACCAGAGUGAAAAGGAGGAGACUUCCAGUGGAGAACAUGAGAGACCCCAGUGUUGUGCAGCAGUGUCAGGGCCAGAGCAUGUGGACACAGUUUGA